GCCGAGGCUCUCCUCCGGGGAAGAUGGCAGCCCUGCGAACCACUCCAGGCUCACCAGCCACGCAGCUGGCGAAGGUGGAGGAUGGGUUGGAAUGUGGUCCUGCUCAGGAGGAAGAAGAGGAAGAAGACCAGGGGGAAGAGGUGGAGAUAGAGGAGGAGGAAGAGAUAGUAGUGGAAGAAGGCGAGGACAAGCAGGUGGUGGAGGACGAGGAGGAAGGGGGGCGGGCAGGGCACGUGGAUCAGGUGGAGGUGGAGUUGGAGGAGGACGAGGACGUGGAGGAGGUGACGGCAGAGGAGCAGAGUCUGACCUUGGGGACCCAGGAGCGCUGUAGCCGUGCUGCUGAUGCCAAGUCCCCAGUUCUCCAGGGAAAGGCCUUGCAGGCUGCCCGGGUUCCAGCCACGCCUAGGGAUGAGGACCUGGAGGAGGAGGAAGAGGAGGAGGAGGAGGAGGAGGAAGAAGAGGAGGAAGAAGAGGAGGAAGAUGAUGAUGAUUCCCUGACAGCUGGAUCUCAGGGGCUGGUGACCUUUGAAGAUGUGGCUGUGUACUUCUCAUUGGAGGAAUGGGAAAGGCUGGACACAGACCAGCGGGACCUUUACAAGGACGUCAUGCAGGAAAACUAUGGGAUCCUGGUGUCCUUGGGCUACCCAAUCCCCAGGCCGGAUCUGAUCUUCCGGCUGGAGCAAGGGGAGGAGCCCUGGGUCCCAGAUAGCCCCCGUCCUGACGAAGGAGACAUUGUCACUGGCGUCUACACAGGGGCCUGGUUCUGGACGGACGACCUAGACGACCACGAGGAGGAGGACGACGAGGACUUCCUGGCGGAGGUGGCCGAGGAAGAGAACGAGCCCCCGGGGCUCUGGUCAGCGGCCUACGGCGUGGGGGACGUUCCUGGGACGUGGGGCCCCGAUGACUCGGAUUCAGCGCAGACCCCGGAGGGGUGGGGUCCCGACCCCGGGAGCCUCGGGGUCCUGGCCGAGGGGUCCGAGGCAAAGCCCUUCCUGCCGGGCCGGGAGCCUGGCGCGAACCUGCUGGCGCCCUGGGCGUUCCCUGCCACUGUGGCUGCUCCGGCCGGGCGGCCCGAGACCACGUGCGACGUGUGCGGAAAAGUGUUCCCGCACCGGUCCCGGCUGGCCAAGCACCAGCGCUACCACGCGGCCGUCAAGCCCUUCGGCUGCGACGAGUGCGGCAAGGGCUUCGUGUACCGCUCACACCUGGCCAUCCACCAGCGCACGCACACCGGGGAGAAGCCCUUCCCGUGCCCGGACUGCGGCAAGCGCUUCGUCUACAAGUCGCACCUGGUCACGCACCGGCGCAUCCACACGGGCGAGCGGCCCUACCGCUGCGCCUUCUGCGGGGCGGGCUUCGGGCGCCGCUCCUACCUGGUCACGCACCAGCGCACGCACACGGGCGAGCGGCCCUACCCGUGCCCGCACUGUGGCCGCAGCUUCAGCCAGAGCUCGGCGCUCGCGCGGCACCAGGCGGUGCACACGGCCGACCGGCCGCACUGCUGCCCCGACUGCGGCCAGGCCUUCCGCCUGCGCGCCGACUUCCAGCGCCACCGGCGCGGCGGCGGUUGCGCGGAGCCCGGCGGCGACGGCCCUCGGCGGGAGCCUUGCGACACGGUGCCCGCGGCGGGGCCCGAGGAGGCCGAGGUCGGGCCGGAGGGGCCCGAGGAGGCCGGGGCCGGCGAGGCGGACGUAGAGGCCGAGGCCGAGGCGAGAGAGGAGGCGGCGGCGGCGGUGGGGCGCAGCCCCGGGCGCAAGGAGGACCCCGAGCCGGACAGGCGGUUCCUCGAGCUGGGCAACGGCCUGGGGGAGGGCGAAGGCCCUUCCUCGCACCCACUCGGCUUCCACUUUCCCGUGCACCCCAAGUCCUGGCUCCACCCGGACGGCUUCCCGAUGCUGGGCCUCCCGGACUUCGGGGAGCGGCUGCAGGCCGACGGGCGCCCCCUGCCGGGACCCCUGGGGGGCCGGCUCGCCCUUGUGGAGGGCGCCGGGCUAGCCUGCGACCCUUUCGGCGGCGGUGGGCCGGGGGGCGGGGGCGGCGGCGGGCUGCGCGCGUUCGCGCCGGCCGUUGGGGGGCUGCUGGCCGAGCCGGCGCCCGCCGCGCUGGCAGAGGAGGAGAGCCCGUGGAUCUGCUCCGACUGCGGCAAGACGUUCGGGCGCCGCGCGGCGCUGGCCAAGCACCAGCGCUACCACGCGGGCGAGCGGCCGCACCGCUGCGCGGACUGCGGCAAGAGCUUCGUGUACGGCUCGCACCUGGCGCGCCACCGCCGCACGCACACGGGCGAGCGGCCCUUCCCGUGCCCCGAGUGCGGCGCGCGCUUCGCCCGCGGCUCGCACCUGGCGGCGCACGUGCGGGGCCACACGGGCGAGAAGCCCUUCGUGUGCGGCGUGUGCGGCGCGGGCUUCAGCCGGCGCGCGCACCUGACGGCGCACGGGCGCGCGCACACGGGUGAGCGGCCCUACGCGUGCGGCGAGUGCGGCCGCCGCUUCGGGCAGAGCGCGGCGCUGACGCGGCACCAGUGGGCGCACGCCGAGGAGAAGCCGCACCGCUGCCCCGACUGCGGCAAGGGCUUCGGCCACAGCUCGGACUUCAAGCGGCACCGGCGCACGCACACGGGCGAGAAGCCCUUCCGCUGCACGGACUGCGGCCGCGGCUUCGCGCAGCGCUCCAACCUGGCCAAGCACCGGCGCGGCCACACCGGCGAGCGGCCCUUCCCGUGCCCCGAGUGCGGCAAGCGCUUCUCGCAGCGCUCGGUGCUCGUGACGCACCAGCGCACGCACACGGGCGAGCGGCCCUACGCCUGCGCCAACUGCGGCCGCCGCUUCUCGCAGAGCUCGCACCUGCUCACCCACAUGAAGACGCACCGCAGCGCGGCCGGCGCGCCCGGCUCGGCAACAGCGGCCCCCGCGUCCAAGGCCGAGGCUCCCGCCAAGGGGCCGCCGGGCGCGGGCAGCGGGCCCGGGGAGCGCGGCAGCACCCUGCUCGAGUUCGCGGGCGGAACGAGCUUCGGCUCUGAGCCGACGGCCACCUUCGCGGGGCCCUCGGGCGCCUACGAGGAGAGCAUCCUGUGAUGGCCCGAGGCCGACGGAGGCGCAGCCCGCUGGGCCGCCGGCCCCUUGCUCCUCUGGCCUCGGGGUGCUGAGGGCCCCAGUCCUGGUGCGGUGCCUUCCCCUCAGCCCCCGGUGCACCGCGCCGCCCCCCGGCCUCGGGCGCCCCUCCUGCCGGCCCUGGGAAACCGGGUCGCCAAGCUCGUCCGGCCGUGCAGGGGGCGCGUGGGGAGAGGAGAGCCGCGCGCGGAGGAGGCGAGGGCAGGGGGCGGCCACCCCGACCAAGACUGCGGCAUCCCUGGGUCUGUGCUGUGGAGCCACGCGGUAGGGAUGGCAGGCGAUCUUAUUUAUUUCACUCGGGUUCCGAUUUGGGUGGCCUGGAGGACCGGUGGCCGAUGAGUUUGUAAGUGGGUUGUACAGCGAGGGAGGGGAAGCCCUUGCGUCAAGGGGAGGGUGGGGUGGUCGAGGGCGGAGCAUCCGGCUCCUCCCGUGGGUUUGGCUGACGACUUCUUCCCAUUCCUCAGUGAGGCUUCAGGGACCUUCUGGUCAUUUGAGUGUGUCCGGGAAGUUUUAAGGACUGCGUGGGGCUAGGGGAAGCCUUAUGGGUUUCCGGAGGACUAUGUUCCUCCCUGCACAGGGGGGACAGAGAUGCAACUGGGAAAGCUUUUAUUCUGUCUACUGUGGAUAUUUAUUUCCAUCUCUUGUAUGGCCUGAAGAAUCUGGGAGGAGGAGGAAAAGCCAGAAACCAAAUUUGUGGCCCCAGGCGGGUGGGUUGCAGGUGUUCCAGGGUCCUGAGGGAGUUUGAAGCCUUAUUCUGGGGGAGGGUCACUCGCUCUCACCCCACUUGAGCACCUAGAUCAGCCAGGCACAAUUCUGCCCGGUGGGUUUUGGUCUCCGCCUCCCCCUUUGAGUCCUUUGGUACUCUCACCUCUGGCAGCUGGAGGGGGCACACUCAGAGAUCCUCAGGGGCCCCUUGCUGGCUGCUGCGGCCAUGGCCCCAGCCUUCAACUGCCUGGGCCGCCACCACCCCACCCCCCCCACCCCCGGGCAGGUGGACACAUGGGUCCCUGCCCUCUAAGCCCAGUGCUUGUUUAAAUUUAAUAACCAAUUGUAAAGUGACAGGUCGGCAGCAGGAUCAUUUCUCACAUCCCUAUGGGGUUAGGGCCCUAUGACGUCUGCAGGUCUUUUUAAUGCUGCUUCUGUCAUUAUUCUAUACUAGAAGCAAGUAGUGUUUCUGUUUAGAAUCCCAUGUCACAGGGUGGGCAGUCUGUACAGUGGAAGUCCACCUCUGGGGGUGUGGACUUGAGCCUGUGGCUCAGUGACAAGCCAGGCACCCAGCUAUGCAAGGCCCGCGCCUGGUGGGCAUGCCGCCCUCCGGGUUGGGCCAUUGGGAGCCACUGGGCAGGCAGCUGAAGUAUGGCUCACGUGAGAUCCUUUCCUCCCUUAAUGCCUUUUGGGCCAGUGUGAGUGGGGCCAGAAAACAGAUUUUGAAGCAACUGCAUUCCCUUUUAGACCUAGUUCCUUCUGUUUUAGUGUAGACAUGGCCUUGGGGCCUGAGAGCCAGCAGCGAGGCUGCUGAGGCUGGGGGCGGGGUAGGAGGCGCAGUAGUUGGUGGGUGGGAAAGCGGGUGUGGAUGGUGGUGUUAAGAAUUCACCUGGCUGGGUGAGGUGGUGGGGUGGGUUGGGGUGCUGAGGAGGGCAGGGGUCCCAGGAGGCAUCAGCAAUGCUGGGUGAUGCCUUCCCUGUCCUCAGUUUCUUUCCUCUCCCUGUGGGACAGGAACCUCAGGGGCCAAGGGCAAGGCAGCGUAGCCCUGCAUGGCUGGGCUUUGGCUCCGUGCUCAUUCUCCUUGCACACUCCUCAGAGUGCAUAUCUUUGGUGCCCCCCUGGGCCCCAGCUGCUUCCUCCCUGGCCCGGAGCCAUCAGCAGGAGGACCUAGCUUUAAUAAAGAGUGGAGAAAUGAGCUUUCUGACUGGAUUCCAUGUUGUUGCCGCUCCUCGAUGCCCUCAGGGAGGCUCUGAAAGGUCUCGGGCCUUUUUUCUGCAAAAAAAAAAAAACAAAACAAAACCCACAAAAAACUUUUUUUAGGAGUUUCUCCUUUCAGAAACUAGAAAUGGCCCGGGAGGAGUCAGCCCAGGAUGGGCUUUGGCUCCUGCCUCCUGUGUCUACCAAGUCUUUCUGGGAGUCCCCAGUGGGCCCCCCACACUGCCACAUACUCUUUGUAAUACACCUGUCUUGGGAUCUUAUUGUGCUUAGGAUUGUUUUCUCCAGCCUUCCCUUGGUCAAAGGAGAGGGGCCAGGUCCCCUUCCAGGGGGUCCAGACAUGCACUGAGUCCCAGACAUUUCCUCAGAGGCCUCAGUGCUUCGUGGGUUUAUCCAGGCUCAUCUGCUCUGUGCCAAGGCAAAGGACACCUCCCCAGGACCCCCAAACUCCUUCCUUUGUACUGAUUUAUUGACUACCCUCUCACCAGAUGAUGCCCCAUAACCAGAUCUGACCUCCCAUUCUUUGCACGUGGAUUUGGAAAAAUAUGAACUAUGAAGUAAAUUGUCUUCGAGAUGUGAUUUGGAGGCAUCAGAACAGAACCCAGUGUUUCAGUUAAAAAAAAAAAAAAGGCUUUGAGUGGCAGAUGGAUGUCAAGACCUAGUUAAAAAUUGAUGGCCUUGAGGAUCUUAAAGUCUAUUCAGAAAAGGCCAAUUAUUCCCGGAUAGAGCGUACAGAUGUCUGGCCAAAUUCUUUUUUAUUUGGGGGAGGGUGGGGGACCCAAUCCUGAUGGUCAUAGAAAAAAGAAAGUAGACAGCCCUUCUGGUUUUGAGAGGACUUCCAAAUUUCUGGAGUCCCUGACUGAUUCCCCAAGUGUCAAUUUAGCAUCUUCUAUCAUUGCUGAGGAGUAGAAGCCCCCAGGAGAUGUGACCCACGCAAGGUGGUACUUUGAGAGUCUUGAGGCUCUGAGCACCCCUCUGGCUUCCCCCUGCCUUUGUUAUUUUCCUGUUUCCCUCUUGCUUGCAUUUCCCCAACCUCCUUCCUUGCUCCUGACCCUUUCACUUGAUCUCUUCAGACAUCUUCUAACUAUUUUUUCUUUCUCUAAUUGGCUACAUAUGGAAUAAAGUAUUUUGAAAUUUUUGGUUAUAUUUAUUAAAUAAAGCUUUAUGAUCC